CGUAGAAUCAAGAUGGCAGCCGCCUGUGUCAGAUCACUUUGUAAGGUCGGCCAGUCUUUUCUGGAGGCUCCAUCCGUCUGUCGGUCCCGUACCGUCUCUCGUCUGCUGGGUAAUGUCAGCGGACAUGGGUCCAGAAGUGCUUACGGUACCAGCGGUCCGGGGUUCCGGUCCAAACUCAUUUCUUCUGUGCGGGCAGGAGGAGGCAGGGCGCUGGGCUGCGCCUUUCUGCUCGGCGGAGGUUUAGGUUUAUACCAAGCCUCGAAGCUCUCCGUGGAGCAGCACCUGGCUGAGGAGGACAGAGAUGUUUCAGGACAAGGUUUAAAGCUGACCAUGUACCAGUACAAAACAUGCCCGUUCUGCAGCAAAGUGCGAGCGUUUUUGGACUACCACGGGCUGCCGUAUGAGAUUGUGGAGGUGAAUCCGGUGAUGAGGCAGGAAAUCAAGUGGUCAUCGUACAGAAAAGUCCCCAUCCUGAUGGUGGGGGAAGAGCUGCAACUCAACGACUCGUCCGUCAUCAUCAGCGCCCUCAGGACCUUUAUGAUCAGCAAGGGGAAAAACAUGCCCGACAUCAUUCGCUGCUACCCAGAGCUGAAAUAUGUGAAUGAAAAGGGCAAGGAGGUGACGGAGUACAGCAACAAGUACUGGCUGAUGCUGAGCGAGGGUGAAAACAAUGUGAUUUACCCUGAGAAGGGAAUGCAGAAAGAGGAGAUGAAGUGGCGUCAGUGGGCUGAUGAUUGGCUUGUGCACCUAAUAUCUCCAAAUGUGUAUCGAACCACCGGUGAGGCCUUGGCCUCCUUUGAUUACAUCGUACGUGAGGGGAAGUUUGGUACCGUGGAAGCCUUCUUUGCCAAAUACGUAGGAGCUGCAGCUAUGUACGUCAUCUCAAAAAGACUGAAAAGCCGACACAACCUGCAGGACGACGUCAGGCAGGAUCUCUACAAGGCCGUCAACGACUGGGUGGCAGCUAUUGGCAAGAACAGGAAGUUCAUGGGUGGCGAUCAGCCCAACCUGGCAGACCUGGCUGUGUUCGGAGUCCUCAGAGUGAUGGAAGGCCUUCAGGCAUUUGACGACAUGAUGAAGAACACCAAAGUUAAAUACUGGUACACGCGAAUGGAGAGAGCAACACUCAACCACGAGGGUGGAUCACAAAGCCCUUCCAGUCUCUGAACCUCUAACGGACAGCGACCGAAACUGUAACAAACAGAACCAGAAGGUCUGAGAAGGAUCACCGCCAGUCUGACUGACUUCCAGAUGAGUUAAAAUGCGUCACCGUGUAGUGACAGCUGCAUUGUGGGAAAACUUUCAAAUCCGUUUAUCAGGUUGGCUGAUUUUAGUGACACCUACUGGUGAAGCUUGAGAACUGCAACUACACCCAUAAAUCACACCAGCUUCUCUGGGUCAGUUAGUUUUCAAAGUCUACAUAAAUAACUACAUCUAUUAAAUUACAUAGUUUUAUUUCUUAGCAUAAAAUAUUUGUGCAUUUAGAAGUAAUUUGAUCUUGUCCAGACUUCAAGAAGUAAAAAAAAAAAAACUUUUUUUCCCCACAAUAGAUGUAAAAUAAACUCUGCACCUUGUAGUUAUUUCUUGAUAAAAGCGAGUGUAAAUUUCACCAUUUUUAUAAUUAUUUAUCUAAUUUAAACUUUGAUUCAUCUUGUUCAAGGAUUUAAAAAAAAAAAAAACACAUUUGCUGUUUUAAAUGUUUUUCCCCCUCUCAAGUACAAACGUUGAAGGUUUAAGCUUCUAACAUAAAAAAUAAAAUGGUGGGUUGAUUUUUGGCCACGUGGAGCUUUAACACAGUCUUACCGAUUAUAAAACUGAAACUUUUGUUGACUGUUCAUUUUCUGUUUUUAAGCUCAUGUUCAGAAUUUCUUGUUUUGUUCGAGGUUCAUUUGAAGCGCUAAGUUUGCUCCAUCCAGCAGGGAAUAAACGGUUCAUGCAGUAGACCUUUUCUAGUUUCUGUGCUAGAACAUUUAGAUCAGUUUAUCUGUAUUUAUUUCAGAUGAGCCUUUCUUGUUCCCAACCGAUUCAGGAUCAGUUUAGCAAUAAAGCUGUUCCACAGUGCAAGAACUGUCAGAACACACGUCCCGUAAUAUGCAAUCUGUCUACUGCAUAUUAACUGAAUUACUGUAUUGAAAC